CCCUCUAAAGAACAGCAUUAGAUCUACAGCUCCAGCCAGUCUACAGCGCACGAGCUCUUUUCACACACCUGGUUGAGUCCCUAGCCUGACUAGUUUCUGAUUCUAGGGAAAUUGCACUUAGUCAAGUGACUCUUAAAUUAUUUUUCUGCCCAGACGCACUUGAGGGAGACCCUGGAAAAUCAGAAUCUGGGGGAUGGAGUAUAGUGUAUAAAAGCCUCCCAAAGUUUCUGUCUAGGGAUUCCAACCACUCCCCACCCCUACCCCCCUUUGGGCACAUGCUGGUAAAGAGCUCAGCACAGGCUGGAAGCCUGGAGCUCCAAAAUAUUUUCCUCCCUUCACCAUAUGAUCCUCUUUAUUUUUCUUUUCUUCCUGCAUAUUCCUUUCUCUCUUGCUUCUUCUCAUGUGGACAGUAGGGCAGAAUCCAUUGACAAGAAAAUUUCUCGACUGGAUGCUGAGCUAGUGAAGUAUAAGGAUCAGAUCAAGAAGAUGAGGGAAAGUCCUGCAAAGAAUAUGGUCAAGCAGAAAGCUUUGCGGGUUUUAAAGCAAAAGCGGAUGUAUGAGCAGCAGCGGGACAAUCUUGCCCAGCAGUCAUUUAACAUGGAACAAGCCAAUUACACCAUCCAGUCAUUGAAAGACACUAAGACCACGGUUGAUGCUAUGAAACUGGGAGUAAAGGAAAUGAAGAAAGCAUACAAGCAAGUGAAAAUUGAUCAGAUUGAGGAUUUACAAGACCAGCUAGAGGAUAUGAUGGAAGAUGCAAAUGAAAUCCAAGAAGCACUGAGUCGUAGCUAUGGCACUCCAGAGAUAGAUGAAGAUGACCUAGAAGCAGAGUUGGAUGCACUGGGUGAUGAACUUCUGGCUGAUGAAGACAGUUCUUACUUGGAUGAAGCAGCAUCUGCACCUGCAAUUCCAGAAGGUGUUCCCACUGAUGCAAAGAAUAAGGAUGGAGUCCUUGUGGAUGAAUUCGGAUUGCCACAAAUCCCUGCUUCAUAGACUUGCAUCGCUCAAGUACAUCUUGUAAAAUAAAUACAUAUUCUGGGACUAGGAAAUAUUUAACUUUCCAUAUUUACCAUGACAGAUCAUGGUUUCUUUCCUUUCUUUGAAGGAAAAGUUAAUUACAUUGCUCUUUUUUUUUUCCGUUAAGAGACUCAACGUUUGGGGGAAUGCUUUCUUUGUACUAAAUUUUUAUUCCUUUUCUCUUAGGAAAGACUAACUUACUUAAAAGUAUCAAUGGGCAUGUAUGAUUUCAUUCCUUAAUAAUUUGAAAUAAAAUCAAGGAAAUGGGACUCUUUAGAUUUUAUGAUAGUUUAACUCCACAAUCUCAAAUUGACCUGAUAAAAUUGAUAAGGCAGAUGGGAUUUCUGGGACUGUUCAUAUUACGAUUCAAAAUCAUUUUCUAUUGUGGUAUUAUAGGUUGGUUAAAGUGAUGGCCUUUUUUGAUGAGUAUUGUUGUGUCUUGUGAGUAAACCAUUACUGUGUCCAAUAUUGGAAUGGAAUUAUUACUAUGUCAUGAGUGGAUGAUUUUAUUCUAUGGUUCCCUCAGUAUUACAGCCUGACUUGUAAUCAGUAAUGAAUAUUUCUUGAUAUUUAAUGUAUAGGACAUUUAUUUAUACUCAAUAAAUAUUUUUCAAAA